AUGAAGAUUUCUGAAUCUGAUUUAUUUUAAUGUUAUCUAUCAUCAUUCUGCAAUGAAGGAUAAGUUAUAUAAUAGAAAUUUACUAUUUAUGAUACCUACUUGACAAUAUAAGUAAAAAUAAAUUGCAAUUAUCCAAGAUAGGUGUUAUAGAUGAAUUGAAAAUUGAAUAUUGUUCACAAGAAGCAAUUUUUGAAUGGAAAUUUGAGUAUAACUAAGAUUUUAUCAUAGGAAUUCCAAUUAUUGUGAAGUAAUUGUUAUUACUGAAAAUUAUUCAUAGACAUAUUAAGGAUCAAAGUAAACCAUUCUAAAUCUAAAAUAAUACCUUGAUGGAAAGGUAUUUUUUAGAAACUUCAAGUCUCAUUACAAGGAAAUUUAAACAUUAAAAAAAACUAAAUAAGGAGAUGUAAUAUGUACAAGUAUGUUUAGAUUACUAAAUGUUAUAAUAAAUAAUUGAAUAUAGAAGUUAUUGCAAAGAAGUUUAAUUUUACUCAAAAUCUAGAAUGUUAAUAAAAGGUAUGAUUUUUCUUUAAUAAAGAAACUUAUUUUGAAUGAAUUAAAAAUAUGCCAAUACUUGAGUUAAUUACACUAAGAAUCUAUUAUAAAAUUAAGGGAAUUUUAUCAAGAAAAGGAUAAGAUUAUUCUGAUUUUUGAUUUUUGUGAAGGAGGUACAUUAAAUUUUUAUAUGGCAUAAAACAAUUUCUGUCCUUCAUUCGUUGAUAUUAGAAAAAUGAUGAAGAAACUGUUAUUAGCAAUUAAGUUUCUUCAUAAACAGAAUCUAAUGCAUAGAGAUAUUAAAAUGGAUAAUAUUAUGUUAUUAGAUUAUAACAACCCAAAUUCUAUACAAAUAAUUGAUUUUGGAUUCUCUACAUUUAUUGAUGAUUAACCAUACAUUAUUGAAAGGUGUGGGACACCUGGGUAUAUUGCUCCGGAGCUAUAUUCUGAAAAUCCCUAUGAUGAACUGAUUGAUAUUUACAGUCUUGGCUAGAUAUUUUUUACAUUAUUAACAGGAAGAAAAUUUACAUUUGAUUCUCAUUCAUAAAAGACAUUUACUUAACUUCAUCAAAAAUAAUGUAACAUAAUCAGAGAAUCAACAAAGAACGAAAUCAUUGUUGAUUUAUUUUUAAAAAUGACUAAUACUUCAGACAAAAGGUAUAAUGCCUAAUAAUGUCUUAAUCAUCAAUAUUUUGAAAAGACAUCUAAAAUUAAACAAAAGUAAAAAAUAUUAAUUAUCCUUAGAUUAACCUGUUUAAAAUCUCCUUUGCUAAAGACUCCAUUUUAAUCAAUUAUAUUAAAAGAGUAAUAAUGUUAAUCAGAAAAUCAAGAAAGAUUUAUUAAUUUAAAAUGA